AGGUUAUAUAUAUGCUAUUGACAGAACAGGAAAGGGCCAUUACGGCUUUAUAUGACUAUUUCUUGAGAUACGGUAUAAGGUGGAGAAUUAUAUCCCCACUUUAUGUUAAGUAUCUGUAGAUCAAAAAGAAUAUUUCUUAGAUUUUCCAAAUAGGAUAGUUCAAAGAACCAAUCAAAAUAGAAUGGAACUGACAGUUCCCAGGAGCAACAUUAAAAUGAACCCAUAUGUUUUGAACACAUCAACCAGUGUUCCAUGUGGCUUAAAUGUGGCUUGUUGCGCAUCUGUAAACAUUGAGACCUUUAAAUCCACCUUGCCAUAGAAAGAUUCACAAAAUGUUCCUCAAAUUAAGAGCCGCGGCGAGUUGUUAUCGCUAUUUCUCGAAUGCUUGCCCAAGCAACCUCAAAAUUGUGCCUCAACGUCCAAUAAAUAAACUGCUAAUUGCCAAUCGAGGAGAGAUAGCAUGCCGAGUGAUGCGUACGGCGAAUCGGCUCGGUAUAAGGACCGUUGCCGUAUUUUCAGAUGCUGAUGCGAACUCUCUUCACGUAAAAAUGGCUAACGAAGCGUACAACAUUGGUCCAGCAGCAUCGCAACAGUCCUAUUUGCGGGGAGAUUACAUAGUAGAGGUUGCCAAGAAAGCUGACUGCCAGGCGAUACAUCCCGGGUAUGGGUUCCUGUCAGAAAAUGUGGAAUUUGCUGAAUUGUGCCAACAAGAAGAUGUAAUCUUCAUUGGACCACCGGCAAGCGCAAUUCGUGAUAUGGGCAUUAAAAGCACCUCGAAGUAUAUUAUGUCCGCUGCUGGGGUACCUAUCAUAAAUGGUUACCACGGUGAAAAUCAAUCCGACGAGCAUCUUAUGGAGGAAGCACGAAAGAUUGGAUUCCCAUUGAUGAUUAAAGCCGUACGUGGUGGUGGUGGCAAAGGUAUGCGGAUUGCUAUGACAGAGGCUGAUUUUAUACCCAUGCUACAAUCCGCUCGAACGGAAUCUGAAAAGGCAUUCGGAGAUACAGUAAUGCUUUUGGAGCGAUACGUACGAUCACCACGCCAUGUAGAAGUGCAGGUGUUUGCUGAUCAUCAUGGCAAUGCGGUGUAUCUCUACGAACGGGACUGUUCUGUGCAACGGCGGCAUCAGAAGAUAAUUGAAGAAGCACCGGCGCCGGGAUUAUCGGAAGAACUCCGUGUUCAACUUGGUGAAGCGGCCGUCCGUGCCGCAAAAGCUGUUAAUUACAUUGGGGCCGGUACUGUCGAGUUUAUUCUUGACAAAGAAGAUCUUUCAUUUCACUUUAUGGAAAUGAAUACUAGACUGCAAGUGGAACAUCCAAUCACCGAAAUGAUUACUGGGACGGACUUGGUGGAAUGGCAAAUAAAAGUGGCUUCUGGUGAACCGCUACCCAUGACACAGGAACAUAUUCGUAAACAAGGGCACGCCUUCGAGGCACGCAUUUAUGCAGAAGAUCCGAACGGAGGAUUUUUACCAGGAGCGGGCCCAUUGGAUUACCUUUCGACGCCAGAACUGUCCGCUACGACUCGUGUUGAAACAGGUGUUAGACAGGGCGACGAAGUGUCCAUUCAUUAUGACCCAAUGAUUGCCAAGCUGGUGGUAUGGGGAAAAAACCGUGGCAGUAGUCUUCAGCUUUUAAUCGAGCAACUAACGAACUUUCAAAUAGCAGGUUUGCAAACAAAUAUUAAUUUUCUAAUCGAUCUGGCAAAGCACAAACAUUUUCAAUCGGCUGAUGUUCACACGGGAUUCAUCGAUCAGCACAUGGCUACACUUUUCCCAAAAAAGAUUGUUCCACCCUCAAAGGUGGCACAAAUGGCAUUGGCUUACAUAUUGAAUGAUCGAGUGCAAUCCUCUGGCGGCUUGGGGUCAAACCCCCUUCCAUCGUUCGCUACGGAAUACAAUUUUCGGCCCAAUUAUACCUUGGCCCGUUCAAUAACAAUAAAAGUUGGUCAAGAAACGUAUACGGUGGAAGUCAAGACUCUAGGUGGUGCCUAUUCCGUCCGCAUAAAUGGUGGCGAUUGGAUAAAAAUAAGUUCAGUCCGGCGAAAGCCACAUUCCAAUCGUUUUUUGUUAGAAACCAACAUCGAGGGACAUGUAUCAUGCUACAACGCAGUUAUCAUUGACGAAAAUGUGACCCUUUUCGAUGAGCACGGCCUGAUUGAAGGAGAAAUAGCUCAACCACGCUUUCUUGCAACUGAGAGCUCCAUGGGCAAUUUGGAUGUUUCGAGCGUUACAUCACCUAUGCCCGGUGUGCUAGACAAGGUUUUCGUCAAGCCAGGGGAUACUGUAAAGACUGGUAUGCCUGUUGCUGUGCUCAUUGCCAUGAAAAUGGAGCAUGUCCUAAAGGCUACCAAGGAUGGUGUAGUGAAAUCGAUUCCUAACUCGGAAGGUAGUAAUGUACGCAAAGGAGUAGUUUUGAUAUCCUUCGAAUGAGAAAACAAGUUUUUUUUAAUUCCACGGUAAAUAACCAGCAUUGCAUUUGAAGUGGAGGAGAUUGAAGAAAAUUCGAGAAGUAUAUGACAGAAGUGCAUUUAUUUAGAUCGUAAAAUUUUAUACUUUUGUAGCUGCUAUGGUAACUUGAAAACGCUGUCGGUUUCAAAGAUUCUUUUAUGAACAGCAAGUUCUACUAAUUUGCUACUCAUGUUAGUAAUAUAAAACAAACUGUGAAAGAGCACAUUCCAUUUAAAAUGGAUAAAUUUAUAAAAAACAAAUAAAUCGCCCAGAUGCCUUGC